CAUUUCGUACUCGACUCGCUAAACGUGAAUAAACUAGUUAUUAUUGUUGUCGUUGUUGUUGUUGAUAUUAUUAUUAUUAUCAUUACUGCUGUUUUUGGCGUCGCUCGCGUGCAUUGUGCUCAGUUAAUUAACAAAAGUCAUGCUGCUGCCGGACAUGUCGAAUAAAUCUAAAGUGCGUUUCUUGAUUGUGCUUGGAGUCUUGGCGUUGAUACUGUGUGGAUCAGAGGUUGAGUCCAAGAAGUACAUGAGAUGCGAGCUGACCCGAGUGAUGGUCGAAAACUACAGGUUCCAAAAGACACUAAUGUCAAACUGGAUUUGCUUAAUUGAGCAUGAGAGCAACUUGGAUACAAAUAAAGUGACACGGAAUACUAACAAUAGCAAAAACUACGGACUGUUCCAAAUCAACAGCAAGGAUUAUUGUGCAGAGGGACGUAAGGGAGGAGUGUGCAACAUGAAAUGCGAAGAUCUAUCUAAUGAUGAUAUUUCUGAUGACAUUGCCUGUGCAAAGACAAUCCAAGAACGCGAUGGCUUUAAAUACUGGAAAGGCUGGAGUCGGUAUUGCCGAAACACCCAAAACUUGCCCAACUUGGAUGUUACCUGCAAACUGAGCUCGCUUUCUUCGGCUUAUCGCAGUCCCAAUGCCUAUUAAAGCUUUUUAAAAGAGCUUAUAGAACAGCUGAAUUACUUAAACAUUAGCUUGUAGAAAAGGAAUUUAAAUAAAAUGAAAUGACUAUAAAUAUCAA